UCUAUAAUCAAAUUGUGACAAAUAGGUUUAGAUAUUAUUUCCAAAAUUGAGAACGUAUAUGUAUUUUGUAUUCACGAAGCUAUUUCCUGUCAUGUUCAAACUGAUACCUAUUGAGAGACGUCUGUGUGAGCUGGGAAAUUCCUACGAUUUUAUAGCAGAUGCUUGCAGAACUAAAACUGAAGAUUGUACUUUUCUGGGCUUUAGACUUUCGGGACCAUGGAAUAACCUUUGGUGUGGUUUUGGCAAUAACCUUGCUUACUUAUUGUUCGUUCUGAUAUUGGUACUUGUAUUGCUAUACCAAAUAUAUAACUUAAUGGAUGUAUACUUCUCGAAGGACUUAAAUCCACCUACCCGGUGGAGAGGCAAUAAUGGAUUCAGCGUUGUGCCACCACCUUGGGUCAGAAGGUUGGGUUUGGUGCAAGGUUUCGUAAAUAUUAAUGUCUGUGGUCUUUUGUUGUAUGCUGCAAUCUAUGAAUCACCAGCUCUCAUGUAUCCCUGGCUUUUGGUCCGAGUCUCUGAACUGAUAUUUAAUGUGGUCGCUGCCACUUUUAACUACAUUAUUGGAUUACUACUAGUUAGGACCAUAUUCAGUCUGAUCCUUCAUGUACUCUGCACCGGGAUCGUUUACAAGACCAUGUGGGCAUUAUGUGCAGCUCGGAAAAAGUAUAAAGGCAAAGAACUAUUUGAAGAAGCCACAUUUUAAUAACAAUAAAUAAUAUUCUAUGUACUAUUUAAUGAUUUUAAUAUGCUCAACAAACUAUCUUAAAACCA